AUGAAUAAGGGACAACAGAUGAAAUUUAGGCCUACCCCAGCAGUGUUAACAUCCAUUGACCUCUCAAACAACAAAUUUGAUGGAGAAAUUCCAAGUAGCACCUGCAAUCUGCUUCCUUUGGUUGUGUUAAACUUGUCCAGCAAUAGUUUCACAGGGUCCAUCCCGUCGUGUUUUGGAAACAUGAGGGAGCUUGAAUCACUGGAUCUUUCGAAAAACAAGCCGUUUGGCAGCAUCCCUGGACAGUUGACAAGUCUCACAUUUCUUGAGUAUUUAAAUCUCUCUGACAAUCAACUCACAGGUCCAAUACCGCGUGGAACACAGUUGGAUACAUUUUCAGAUUCAUCAUUUCUGGACAAUCCAGGACUAUGUGGUUUUCAAUUGUCAAAGAAAUGUGAAGAAAGUAUUGACAGUAAAGAAAAUGUAUGUGAAGAUGGUUUUAGUUUGAAAGUUGUAGGUAUGGGAUAUGGAUUUGGACUAGUAGUUGGACUGAUCAUGGGACAUGUCACACUCUCAGGAAGAUGGAAAUGGAUCUUGAGAAAAUUUACAGAACAUAAAUCUAUGGAUGAAUUUUGA